AUGGCUUCUCAAAAAUCUUUAAUGAGUCAAGAAGAAUUACAAUUUCGAUUGUCUAAAAAGGUAGCGGAAUUAACCAAAGUGGUCCACUUAUUAUUUACAAAAAAUCGCGAAAAGGAGUUGGAAGUCGAAGCUGUCAAAGAGGCCUACGAGAAAGAAAUUGCUAUUGUGAUUGCUGAUGCUAAAACAAGAAUCAGUAAGUUAGAAAAUGAUAAUAUUCAGCAGCAACAAGCUCAUCAGAGUGAAUUACAGCAACUCCAUGAAGAAUAUUCGCAACAAUUACUGGAGCGAGAUGAGGCUUUAAAUAAAAAAGAUUUAUCAUUUAUUGACCAAAGAAAUCAACUAGUGCGAGAUAAUGAAUCUUUAAACUUUGAAGUUAAAUCGUUGAGGGAAGAACGUAAUAAACUCAUUCAAAAAAUGAAUAAAGAUAUUGGCGAAUUAAGCAGCGAACGUGACGAUAUUGAUAUUAAACUUAAUCAAGAAAUUGAAGAUUUAAAGCAAGAGCUGAAGAAAGCCAAAAAUAGAAUACAUGAUUUAACCGAAAAUUUAAAAGAUUCAAGUAAAGAUACAACCCAACAGAUAGAAUCAUUGACCAAGGAAUUAAACGAAGUAAGACAAAGUAAAGAAGCCAAUCAAAAUAAGGUGAAAAAACUUGAAGCUGAUAUUAAAACAUUAAAGCGUAAGCUAGAAGAUAAAAAUCGAAUUUCACCUAAAUCAGAGGUAUAUCGAGUUACGCAGAAGUACGAAAAUGAAAUAGCCAAACUAAAGAGGGAAAUUCAGAAAUUCAGGAUGGAGCUUUUGAAUAGGGAAGACAAUUACAAUAGGGUCUUUGCAGAACAACAGCCCAUCUUGAUUGACCAAACGACGAUCAAACUGCCAAACUAUCCUAGCCUACAACUAAGCAUGAAAUCAAGAGAAAAAAUCUCCAGUUUGCCAUCGUUAGAUGCUACCGCAGCGAUUGUUGGGAAUAAAUAUAGCAAGAAGAGAUAA